AUGUGCUUAUCAAGUUUAUAUUGGACGUUUAAAGUAUGGCGCUGUAUGUCUGGCAUGUGUUGCUUCAGUUUGUUAGUUGAUUGGAUUGCCGCACGGCAUGCAGGUCCUGACUCGCUGAUUUGGCCGGCCAUGAUGAAGACAUGGAAAUCUCCGUCUACCGAAAGACGUGAAUAG